AUGGUUUUAUCAGAAGUCUUGCCCCCUCAGGUCCGCCUCGCAUCCCAUGCAACUGCUCGCAAUGCAGCGGUGGCGACUUCAGCCUUGCCAUCGGGCUCGGUGAUCGCAACCAUCCCUGGUCUCGCCACUUGCCUCUUGCCUUCAGAGAAAGGGAAACGCUGCGACGCGUGCCAUAUACUACAGUCGGACGCGGUAACGCUCAAGCGAUGUUCAGGGUGCGCGUCGUUCUGGUAUUGCGGAACACUAUGUCAAAUGGGCGCGUGGAAAGCGCACCAUAAGAAGCUUUGCAAGAACUUCAACACGCUCACCACUUCGAACGAGUAUCAGGCGUUAACACCGCACGACCAAGUGGACGCGCUCCUGCUCUCGCAGAUGAUCGCAGAUUCUGCAUCAUGGCGCGCCGGACAGAGCACCAGUGGACCUCAUGCGACCUUUCUCGACUUGUUAAAGGGCCCUCGAGCGGACGUCUUCGAGCUACCACUCUGCCUGCCUAAAGGUGCUCUGCCCUCCGAGAGCCUCUCCCUAGCCAAGGAACUCUAUGGGCGAUUCGGCAACAAUAACUUCGCCCUGCACUCCCACCUGAACGCGUACGCCCAUGGCGUCUUCCCUCUGGCCAGCCGUCUGUUCAACCACUCGUGCAUCCCGAACGCAGCCUGCAAGUACAUUAUCAGAGCUUCGGAGCCGGUGGCGAUGCAAGUCGUCGCUCUCCGGGAUAUCGCCGAGGGCGAGGAGAUCACAAUUCCGUACCUGGACCCCGCCCUGCCAUACCAGACCCGACAGGAGGCGCUCGAGGUGAACUACAGCUUCAAUUGCGACUGCAGACUCUGUCGCUUCCAAAGCGGCAUACACCCAGUAAACGCUCCUCCCGAGCGAGGCAGCGAUGCCUUGCGCGCUCUCGAGGUCGCGCUUCGUACAUUUGCUCUCGGCGCCGACGCACAGUCAAUGCGGGUGCCAACAGCCCCAGGAACGUUUGAGAGCAUGCCUACGACGCUGCACCCCGUCUUCCACGAGACGUACCUGCCUGCGCUCUCAGAGGUGUUCAGCAAGACAUCGCACGAGGGGCCCUACGUCGACGCGGUCGAGGCCGGCCUCACGCUGCUCGCACUGUACGUCGUAGUGUAUCCGCCGCAAUAUCCCCAGAUAGGAAUGCAUGCCCUGGAGCUGUCGAAGACCAUUUGGAACGUCAUCUGCUCCGCGGGACCUGAUAUGCCGGCCAGAGAGAGCGAAGUCCUGGAGGCACAAACGAGGCGGUUCCUCCAGAUCGCUGCGUCGGUCUUGCAGAACUUUGGGCCGGAGGGAGACGCGGGAGGGCCGUUGGAGGAGAUCCACGUGUUGCGAGACGCGCUUACUAGUGAAUGA